AUGGACAGCUCCAAUCUCCUAACAUGUCCAUUCUGCCCCUUCUCAGAUGCGGAUGCCAGUUUCCUGGAGAUGCACAUUGAUCACUGUCACCCAGAGAAUGGGGCCCCGCAGACUUUCACGCCCGAUCUGUAUGGGCUAAAGGACACGCGAUCUCCGUCACCGCUGCCGACAGAUGACGACUCAACGGAGAAAUAUGUUGACUGUCCACAUGGGUGUGGUGAGACUGUGACUGCAGCCGAGCUGUCAACGCACCUGGAUCUCCAUGUCGCGGAGGGUAUUGCUUUCGACGACAGCGGGGUGGACUCGCCCCAUUUCAAUGCAGACUCCACAGGCCUCGAUGAUGAAUACGACUCGCCACUUGAUCGGGAAGACAAGCUUGAUUUUCAAGGUGCUCUUUCAGGCGGCAAACGAGGCCAAGAUCGUGACUGGGCACGCAUGAAUAAUAGUACCAAACUAACUCGAGCAAAGAGCCCACCUCGGGCUCGUGGAACGGAUGGCGCAAUGCGACUUGGGCGUGCGGAACUGGGGCCCCAUGCCCAUGAAAAGAAGAUGCCCUCAUGGCUGAAGCACAUGCUGGAAAAGGGUGGCCGAACCUCAAAGCAGACACAUCUCACCACCGACGGGAAACUAGCCAGGCAGACAACAGUAGAGAACGAGACUGACAAACUCAUCCCGGUUAUUGCGAAGCUAUGCGAACAAGACAAGACCGUCCAACGGGCUUUCCUUUGCAACCCCAAGGUUCGUCACAUUUGCAAACUCUCCCGUGAAGGUGGAUUCUGUGGGUAUCGAAAUAUUCAGAUGCUUGUGUCGUAUAUUACGAAGACGCAAAGUCUGGGACACACGUAUUUCCCACAUAGUGUACCCUCGAUUCUGGAUAUCCAGGAUUUGAUCGAACAGGCUUGGGAUAUGGGAUUCAACAGCACGGGUCGAACCGAGACGGGCGGUAUCAAAGGGACACGGAAAUUUAUUGGAACACCCGAAGCACAAGCUCUGUUCCAAAGUCUUGGAAUUCCCUGCGAUGCUAGCAGUCUGGCUGCGAGCGAAGGAACUCCGGCACAUGAUAAACUCUACAUGGAGGUAGCGAGCUACUUCCGAUCCGUAUGCUCUCUAGACGACGAGACAAAGAAAGUCUUCCAGACCGACCUCCCGCCUAUCUAUUUCCAACAUCAAGGCCACUCAAUGACUAUCGUGGGAUUCGAGAUCCGCGACGAUAGCACCGCAAAUCUACUUGUGUUUGAUCCCAUGUUCAAGACAUCACCGGCGAUGCAGCGUCUGAUUGGCACAUCCGCGAAGUGUGACAACCCGGUUCGUCUACUCAAGGCGUAUCGGAGGGGAACCAAGUAUUUGCAGAAGUAUAAGCUAUUUGAGCUUCUCAAAUUAACCGGCUCGCCCGAUACGACCUCGACGUGA